UUCGAGUCCCGAACGGAAUGAGGAAGCUGCCGUCGGCGACCCGCCUUUGUGGAUCAGAACGUGUGAAGUGGGUGUGCUCGCGACAGUGACAUGAAUGCCGCUGUGACGCGUAGCUAGAAUGUAGCGGUGCGCGCCCCGCCUCGAAUUAUGCUCUCGGUACUUUACUAACCCCUGAAACGGAAACACGUGUGCAAGAAACUUCUAAGUGUUCAAACAGCGUCCAAGGAACGGUCGUGUGAGAAAUAUUAGGUCUGUGUACAUUUCGUAGUGGGUCCCUGAAGUUUACCAGAAGAUACUCAUCAAAAUGACCAUGUUUAAGCGAGGGAUGAUCUUUGUGACAUUUUUUCUGUCGUGUCUCAUUAUAGCCCUGUUGGUUGCCGCUUUAGGCACAAAAUAUUGGAUUGUUGCCCGUGCGAGAAGAAUAUCAAAUCCAGAAGAAUCUGACGGAAGGAUCAACUUCGGCCUAUUCGAAGGCAAGAAAGAACUGAACGUCGCCUACGGCUGGCGGACGUACGAGAUCAAAAGUCUAGUAACUUUCUUGUCUGCUCCAUUUAAACAAUUUGAAAUUCUGCGUGAAAAGCGCCUGACUGACUCCUCUUAG